CCGCGACAAGGGUGGCCCUUCCGGGGGACACUGGCUGGGGAUGCGCUGUUCCCCGGGCAAAGCUGCUCAGGGCAGUCCCUGUUGGCAGCUGGGGACACCGUCCGGCUGUCACAUGUUUGUCACGCGGUGUUAAAAACACAGCGGGAACGGCUUUUUAGGGUGGUUUUCGUGCGGGAUGUGAGUCAGGGCGGUGAUGCAGGUGCUGCUGCUGCUGGGAACCUUAUCUCUGCUCCACACCCGGGCGCUGCUUAUCGGGGACCCCCAUGUGCCAUGGCGGGGGCCACUGCCCCUCGCUGCUGCUGCUGCCGCCGCUGCCAUCCAUCCCGGGAGUGGAGGGUCUGUGUGGCCGUGAUGGGAGCAGGCACUGCCGAGGGCAGCACGGGCACGGGAGCUGGGCGGGGGGAGGCAGGGCUGCGCCAUCCCAGAAUGGGCCACAGACUUCGGGGGUUUUCUAGAAAAGCUUCAAAACACCCUGCUGCUUCCCGGCAGGAGGGUGGCUGGUUUGAAGGUGUGUAGCUAGGUGUUUCUCCCCUGGACAUGCAGCCAUAGUCUGGGUAGAGUUCAGCAUUCCUGUGGGGCUGAGCCAGCAGCAAGGUGCUGCCAGGCUGGCACUGCUGCCCGCCGUGCCUGGCUGUGCCUGGGCCAAGGGCUUUCCUAUGGGUGACCAUAGAAGAUUUUCUGACGGGCUUUGCCUGUGCCUGUAUCCCUCCUGCUGAUGGGUGGCAGUGGUUUGUGAGCUGGCUGGACUGUGCUGCUCCUCCCCUGCUGCAGAUUUGGGGUUUGCACAUGUGGUACUCCUGGCUACAGGAGUUCUGCCUGUGCUAUGUGGGCCAUUCACAACCAAGAGAGUUCCCAAUGCAUCCCUGCCCAAGCCCCAGUGAGAUUUGCCUGGAUAUCAGGAAAAGGGUCUUCACCCAGAGGAUGGUCGGGCACUCAACAGGCUCUCCAGGGAAUGGUCAUGGUCCCGAGGCUGCCAGAUCUCCAGGAGUGUUUGGACGAUCAGCAUAGCGGUAGGAUUGUUGUCCUCUGCAGGGCCAGGAGUGGAACUUGAUGUCGUCAUUUGUCCCUUCCCCCUCAGGAUGUUCUGUAAUUCAAUGGACAGGUAUCAAGCCCAGGGUGGCAUUGAAAGGGUCAUCUUGAAUGGCGUCCCUUGCCAACCAUCACUCGGGGUCCUCCCUGGCUCUGUUUGGGUUAAAAUCCCAAAUUCUCAGUGCUUCUGCCAGAGCUGAUGCUGAGUUGGGCUGCAUGUGGUUGAGAGGGGUGGAGAGUCCUGGGCUCACAACUGCUGCACUCCGGAGCUGUGUCCUUCCCUUUGGUGAACGCUUUGGAUUGUGCUGCUGCCAGCCAGGGAGCAGAGUUACAAACCACAGCACAGUGGGUAAUUUGGCCUCUUGGUGCCGUCUUCUGGUGUUCUUCUGGAGCAAGCCCAACAUAAUGGCAGGGAAAUUCCCUUUCCACCCCAGCAAUGGGCUGUGGCGCCUCUUCCACAGCGUCUCCGGCUGGGAACAACGAUGCAAAGUGGGCAAGAAAUGACUUAUCCUGCCUGCUGCAGGCCCCUGCCUGCCCUGCUCAGGCUGGCAUCCAGGACUCUGCCAGCUUGUCCCAGGAGGCCUCAGCCACGUGCUGAAGGCUGCUGCCAGGUCAUGGUGACACAGCUGGAAAAUAAGUGUCCUGCAGGCAGCAGAGGGCUGGGGGUUCAGCAUGGCUGCAACUCUGGGUGGGGGUGGAGAGGCCACGCUGGCUAGGGGUUUCUGGUACCUGUGGGGUGAAACAGCAAGCUGCCCCAUAGUGGAGGUGGUUGUAGCCUCCUGGCAACCGUGGGGCCACUGAUGGCCCACAGGCGUCCCAAGAUUGCAGAUGGGUUAGGGUUGUGCUGACACAGGGGAGGGACUAUCCUGCCCCUAGCAUUGUCAGAUGCUCUCUAGGCUCUGCCACGCAGAGCGUGGACUUGGCUUCCUCUAUGAAUCCCUUGUGUGGAUAUCUGACACUUGCCCCAGUGUGGGGUCACUGUUCCCAUCCUGGUCAAUGCUACUCCCAGAGCUGCCACCUCCCCUUCUCCUGCUGUUCCCAGUGCUGCUGCCACCUGUGCUCUGUCAGCACGUGCAGCUGGGGCAGUGUCUCUUUAGCCUGAAGCUCUCCAAGGCAGUCCUGUGGUAGUCCUGGGCUGGUGUGUGCUGGCAACUCCCACAUGGAGCAGGUUGAAGGUCUAUUCUGCCGAGAGCUUUGCUUUAUUCCUAUCUGUGGGAUUUUAAGUGCCACCUAUACCUCCAAAACGGACUUUAUGUAACCACAAGUCUUUUCCUUGGAUGUAGUAAUUCAAGGACAGCUUCUCCCUGAUCCUUUAUCCCCUUUGCCAGAGCCAUUUGCUGCUGAGCGAAGCAAACACGCUGUGCUGCUGGCACCCUCCAGGGCCAAAGGGUUUAUUUCUGAUAGUGGGACCUUUGUGCUACUCCUCUGAGCUGGUUUACUUAUCCUGAUCCAAAACUUCCUGAAAGCCCCAUCUGCUGUGUCAGGUGGAUUAUCCUUCCCAGCCAUCCAGCAAGUCCUCACAACCUGCUUUAGGCCAAUGUGAGCUCCCAGGCUCUGAGCUCAACCUUGAGGUUGUUCCUGCCUGGAUAGAGCCUGCCAGGGGUGUCUGGACAGCCCCUGGAGAUGGGACCUGCUCUGGGAGACUUGUGGGUUUGCAGAGGGGAUGGUUAGGUAUAAGCCGGGUUCAGUGGCACUUGGUGGGUGAGGGAAUGGCUUUACUGGCCAAGAUUAAUAUUGCAAAGUGAGCAGCUGAUGUCCAGGAUGAAGUUAUUUCUUCAGCUGGAAGGAGCUUCCUUUAUUUUGCUUGAUGCAGAGGAGCAAAGUGAGCACCGUGGCACUGCUUUGAAUGCCCCCCUAGAGGAUGAAGGAAUAGCUGGUGCAGUCACGCAGCAGAAAUCCUCUUGGGAGGGGUGUGUUUAUCUUCAGGAGCAUAAAACACCCUAACUCCAAGGGAUGCUGUUUGCUAUUUGAGCUGUGUGCCUUCGCUCCAGCCACUUAUCCCUGGUACCACAGGUGUUGUGCCCCAAAAUGUGCCUUGGGCUCAGAGCUGUCCCCUGCCCACAGGACCCAUGUCUCUGUGUGCCUUCCUGUCUCAGCAGCAUUCAGCUGAAGCUGUCCCCUCUGCCAUGCCACCUGCUUCAAAGGGAGCUUCCACCCAGCAAGGGCUUUGCUGGCAAGUCCCGUUUCUGAGAGUAUGAUCUCUCCUGUUCCCUUUCCUCCACCCUGUCUCUGUACUCAGGGACAGAAAGCUGCUCUCCCUGUCCUCAGGCGAGUGAAAUCAGGGAGCAGAGCCUGCUACACAUGGUGCUUGCUGCUUGCCACGAGCUCCAGCUGCUCCUCCCCGGCUCACACCAGGCUUUGAGCAACGUGGGGCUGCUCCUGGCUCCAGGGGGCCAGAGAGAGUGCCUUCUUUCUGGUUGCUUAUGCUUCCAGCAGCCCCUCAUCCUUGUCCCAGGGUUUCCAUAUGGGAGAACACGUCCUGGGACCAUGCCACGUGCCUCCCUGCUCUCUUGUCCAGGCCUGUUGGCUCCGGAGGGGUGGUUUUGCUGCUUCCCUGUCACUGUGCUUCUUGCCCACUGGGCGUGGCCAGUUUGGGGGCACGGAUGCCAAGGCAGAGACCUCCUGGAGGAGAUGGCCCUGCUGCCGCCCAGUCUGUGGCUGGGUUUGGGGUGUCAGCAAGAAGGCUUAGCUGCUCAAGCUCAGGAAAGAUCUCGUGACGUGGCCAACAUCCCCCAGGCUGCCAGAGCCCUGUUACCUCCAUGGCAGAGAGUUUGGGCUAAAAAUGACACCUGAGGUCAGCUGGAGUUGAAAACGAGAUGUUGUUUGUUGAAGCCAUGGCACAGAGGAGCGUGGGGUAGCGAGGCAGCCUUGGCUUGGUGUGCUCAGGGUCUGGAGAAGCUCUGUGCUUUGCGGUCAGGCUGCUGGUGCCAUCAAGGUUAGGAGGCAGUGGGUUGAGGCUGGAUGUCACCACAGCAAGGACCAUGAGCAGGUUGGAGAUGGAGCAUGCCAGCCCCACCAGACUGACCUUGUCCUUGCCAUGGAGUGGGCUUUUGGAGAGCAACUCUGAACCCUGGGAUGGGGCAUCCUCGCUGUGCUGCCUCAGGGCUCCCAGGUCUUCCUGCUCCCUUCCACAGCUCCCGCACCUCUGCAGCCGAGAAGGAGAUGGGAGGGGCAGAAAAAAGGGAGGAGCGAUUCCGAGCCCAUCAGGGAUUUGGGGAUCACCGUGGUGGAGUCACCGGUGCCCACACCUAUUUCUACGCUGAUGAGGCCAAGUGUGACCAACACAUGGAGACUUUCCUCCACUGUAUUGAUGCCUCAAGUGGCAGUUCAGAUGACGGCUUCUCUGCCAUCAAGCUGACAGCAUUGGCCAGACCCCAGUUCCUGGUGCGCUUCUCAGAGGUGCUGAUGAAGUGGCGGAGGUUCUUCCACCAAAUGGCCACAGAGCAGGGCCAGGCCGGGCGGGCAGUGCUGGACACAAAGCUGGAGCUGGAGAAGCUGCAGGAGGCACUGGCCAACUUGGGGAUUGCGAGCAAGGCAGAGAGCCAGCAAUGGUUCACAGGCGAGAAGCUGGGCACGAGCAGCACUGUGGACCUGCUGGACUGGAACAGCCUGUUCGACAGCCGCACCAAGCUCUCCAAGCCUCUGCUCAUCCCCAACAGGAAGACUGGGCAGCUGGAGCCUCUGCUGUCACGCUUCAGCGAGGAGGAGGAGCUGCAGAUGAAGAGGGUGCUGCAGCGCAUGGACGUUCUUGCGAAGAGAGCCAUGGAGAAGGGCGUGAGGCUGAUGGUAGAUGCAGAGCAGAGCUACUUCCAGCCGGCCAUCAGCCACCUGACCGUGGAGACGCAGCGCCGCUUCAACAAGAGCCGGCCCAUCAUCUACAACACUUACCAGUGCUACCUGAAGGAGGCUUACGACAACGUGACGGGGGACGUGGAGCUGUCGCGCCGGGAGGGCUGGCACUUCGGCACCAAGCUGGUGCGUGGCGCCUACAUGGAGCAGGAGAGGGAGAGGGCGGCUCAGAUGGGCUACGAGGAUCCCAUCAACCCCACCUAUGAGAAGACCAACGAGAUGUACCACAGGUGCCUGGACUAUGUCCUGGAGGAGAUCAAGCGCAGCCGGAAGGCCAGCGUGAUGGUGGCAUCUCACAAUGAGGACACGGUGAAGUUCACCCUGCGCAGGAUGAUGGAGCUGGGGAUCCAUCCCUCGGACAAGAAGGUGUGCUUCGGGCAGCUGCUGGGCAUGUGUGACCAGAUCACCUUCCCCCUGGGCCAGGCUGGCUUCCCGGUGUACAAGUACGUGCCCUACGGGCCGGUGAAGGAGGUGCUGCCUUACCUGUCCCGCCGGGCCCAGGAGAACAGGGGCUUCAUGCAGCGGGCAAACCGCGAGCGGGACCUGCUCUGGAAAGAGGUCAAGAGGCGUGUCCUCACAGGAAACCUCUUCAGCCGCUGACCUGAGCCCCGCCCGGGGCUCCUGUGCCUUCACCCUCCAUCGCUGUCACCACUGCCCGUCCCGGUUCUGCUGCAGCUCCCCCAGCCCCCUUCGCCCGGGGCGAGAAGUGUCCUUGUUGCUGUUGAGCCACGGAACCACUCGCGCCUUCUGGUGGCCUCUGGGGUGGCCCCAGCUGGCGCUGCCCCAGGGAUGUCCUCCUGCCAUCCCACAGCCUCUCGGGCUGUCUCCUGCCAGCCGCUCUGUGCCUUGAUGAACACUGGCCUGGCCUUUUUUCCCUGGCAGGAUUGCACGGGGGGAUUUAUCCACUUGCCUUGUGCCCGUGGGCUCAGACCCAGGUGGGCUGGGUGACUUGGGGACAAGCUGGCCUCAGCCAGAAGCUUCUCCAGCCUCUGCCAGGGUUGGAGCUUUGCCUCCACCAGACCUUUGAAGGGGUGGGAUCAGCCCCAGUUGCCUGUCCCAGACAGCUACCUGCCUGCUCACUGGCUUUGCACUGACCAGAGCUGGGCAGGUCCAGGCUCUCCCCCAUCCCACUGGGAUAAGCUGCCUGGGGUUGUCCAUCCUCAGGCACUCGUCCCACAGAGCAGGGGGGUGAGGGGAGUGGGCUGGCCCCAUCCCUGUACCAUUCCUGCCCUGCCCGCAGUCCCUGGUUCUAAUGAUGGACCAGGGGCAGUGGGAGCACCAGGAGCUGGACCACAGCUCAUCUCUGCUGUACACUGGAUUUGUAGAGAAUGGAAAUGAUUAAAUCACAACUGUUCCUGC